CACCUAUUGAUUUUAUCGUAGCUCUGGGAACAGCAGAAGCAGCUCGAGGAUCAAAUGAGGGAAAAAGAGCGGAUCGAGGCGCUGAGAAAGAAAGACAAACAUGAUCACAGCGCUAUUGCUUCUACGGAGGUCAAAUUACGUUUGCAGAGUUUUCUCGUCAAUAAAAAACAGAGAGAAGCUGCAGCAGCGGCUAAUGGAGCCGUGCCCGGCACUCCUGGCUAUAGAAGUUGGAUACAGUCACAGUCCGAAUCGAGCAGUUCGACGAAUACUUCGCAUCCUUAUCGAAUGCCUCAGAUGCUGCAGGAAAAAUUCGGAGACGAUUUUCCGCUUCGUAAAACAGCCUCGGAGCCAAACUUGCUCAAGGUGCGACUUAAACAGCGUGUGAUGGAGCGGAACAUGGCAGCGACACGAAAUUCACCCCUUACGGCACGUCGGAAGGAUCGACUCCUGUCGCAUCUCAAGCGGAAGUCACUCCUCGCAAACUCAGGUUCGAACCCCGAAUCCGGGCCUAAUUCACCGCCAACAGGGAACAACUCCCAAGCAAGUCCUCCUGCUGGCAGUAAUACUCCUAUUCAAGAGGAAAAUGAAAAUAUACAGUAUGGAGGACCUUUAACGAGUAGUAGUCAACAGGGAAGUCUUUCUGAUUUAUCAUUGUUUAGUUCACCGUCAAUGCCGAAUAUAUCAUUAGGAAGACCUCAUGUACCGUCAUCUAGUUCUUCUUCCAGUGGAUCAAAACUCGCACCAGUAUCAGAAGCCGAAGUCCGUGCAGCAUUUACAGCGCGACUAGGUAUGCCAUUAACAGGACAAAUGUUACCUGGAACCCUGCCAUUUUAUCCAUCACUAACCGUAAUUGAGGGCGAGCCGUCAUAUAUUCACAAACAAAUGCAAAAUUUGGAACAGCAAGGAAGCCGACAGCAUACAGUAUAUCAUAAUUCCCCAAUAACGGACACUCAAGUAGCUCACGCAAGACUUCAUAAGGCUGGUCACCGGCCUUUAGGUAGAACACAGUCAGCACCACUACCUCUGGGCCACCCGAUGCUCCAGGGCGGCAUGAUACCGCCCCCGGCGACUCACUACGAAGAUUACCUCGCGGAGAAGCAGCUCCAAGAACAGCAGCAGGCUCACAACUAUCUCAAGCAGCAAAUCCGCCAGACAGUCCUGACCCGGGUGGUCUCACGCAGCGGAGGCGGCCAAGCCAACCAGCUCGAAGAAGCUCCCGAGUCCGAGGAGUCCGAAGUGAUAGACCUCACGGGGAAGAAAGAAGUCCCGGAGGAAAGCGAGAUCUCCAAGCAGCAGCGCGACCGCGAGCAAUUCCUCCAGCAGCAGCGGGACCUUAUGAUGCGACAUAACCUCCAGGGUAACGAGAGUCCGGCCUAUGUCGCCAGCAGGAACUCCCAGUCCGCUCGUCCGCUCUCCAGAGCACUCUCCAGUCCACUUGUUCACCUAGGACCGCAGGGUACCAGUGGAGAUGUGUUUGCAAGGGGAUCUCCUCACCGACCCACCACCGGGCUGGCCUACGACCCGAUGAUGCUCAAACACGCGUGUGUCUGUGGAGAAACGGUUAGAGGUCAUCCCGAACACGGGGGUCGUCUUCAGAGUGUUUGGGCUAGACUUUCUGAGACUGGGUUGCUACAACGCUGCGAUCGUAUUCGAUCGCGAAAAGCUACUCUAGAAGAAAUUCAAACCUGCCAUAGUGAAGCUCAUACACUUUUAUUUGGUACAAAUCCGCUAAACCGUCAAAAAUUAGAUCUAUCAAAGCUAUCACCGCUGCCAAUUAAAAAUUUCGUACGAUUGCCGUGCGGUGGUGUGGGUGUUGACUCAGAUACAACGUGGAACGACCUCCACACGGCACCCGCGGCGCGAAUGGCUGUUGGUUGUGUUGUUGACUUGGCCUUCAAAGCAGCGAUGGGUGACAUAAAGAAUGGGUUCGCUGUUGUCAGGCCGCCAGGUCAUCAUGCCGAGCCGAAUCAGGCCAUGGGCUUCUGUUUUUUUAAUUCUGUAGCUAUAGCUGCUAAACUUUUGCAACAAAAGUUGAAUACCAGAAAAAUUCUUAUUUUAGACUGGGACGUCCAUCAUGGCAAUGGAACGCAGCAAAUGUUUUACGACGACCCACGUGUACUUUACCUGUCAAUCCACCGACACGACGACGGAAACUUCUUUCCUGGGACUGGAGGCUCGACAGAGUGUGGAGUGGGCGACGGACUCGGGUACAAUGUCAAUAUUUCAUGGUCAGGCAUGCUGAAUCCUCCCAUGGGUGACGCUGAGUAUCUAGCGGCCUUCAGAACCGUCGUGAUGCCCAUUGCUAAGGAGUUCAAUCCGGACGUUGUUAUUGUAUCCGCGGGAUUCGACGCCGCAACUGGACACCCGGCUCCUUUGGGCGGGUACAAUGUUAGUCCAUCGUGUUUUGGAAGAAUGACGCAGUAUUUGCUGGAGCUCGCUGACGGCAAAGUCAUUCUUGCCUUAGAGGGUGGCUAUGAUCUCGCUGCCAUUUGUGAUUCUGCUCAGGAAUGUGUCAGGGCGUUACUAGGAGAUGAACCGACUCCGAUUCGGGAUGAAGAACUUACGAGGGUGCCCUGUCAAAAUGCCAUUGAUACUCUACAGAAAACUAUUGCUAUUCAGAUGUCACACUGGCCUUGUGUAAAGUUAGCUGCUCAUACAGUAGCAAUGAGUGCUGUCCAAGCGAGCCAGAAAGAACAUGAUGAAACAGAUACUGUGUCUGCAAUGGCUUCACUAUCAAUGCAGCAGCCGACUAAUUUAACAAAAACGCCCGAACAUUCCCGUGAAGUUUCCGAAGAGCCAAUGGAGCAGGAUGAAACAAAGUAA